AUGCAAGAGGGUACCGGGGCUCCCUCUGGGGCGAAGCUCGGUCGCGCGGCUUCUCUCUCCGGCACAUCUGCGCUCGAGGAGCUCGUGAUCGAUCGUAUCUUCAACCGCAACGUCGACACGGCCCGUCUGUGGUGCGACGACGUCGGGCGCGCGGCUCUUCCGUUCCGUCCUCACCAUUCGGGACUGCUGCGAUGCCGGGGGUCGCCGUCGGUGAUCGACGGAGAGGCCGUGCACGAGCACACGUGUGUCGGCACCACGGUCGAGGGCGCCGUCGCCAUGCUGGUGGCUUCCUGGGCGUUGGCAUUCACACUGGGCUUCAGUGUAUGUCUUUUCUGGUCGCGCCUCCGCAAACCGCCGCAGCGCUCCAUCGGCACGACCGUAUCGGAGUCUGCGCGCUCGGGCAGCGCCGCGAAGGUGCCGGGUCAUGAUCUGGACCACGUGCAAGGCACAGGGCUGCAGGAGGGCAGCCCAGCCUCCGAGACGCUCACUUCACGGUCGAUCGCAACCGUCGCCGCCGCGGCCGCGGAAUCGACGGCGACAGACGCGCAGAGAGCUGCGGAGAACGCGCAGGCAGCGGCCGGCGCGGCGCUGGACGUCGCCGGCGCGGCAGGCAUGACGGACGGUGAUGUGCAGCGCGCCCUCGACGAUCCCUCAGCGUGGCCGCGGCUGGCGCAGCGCAUCGCGCAGCUGCACCUCGAGGAGCGGAACGAGCUGAUGUUCCAGGCGAAGUCGCGGCUGACGCCCGCGGAGCUCAGCGGGGAGAAGGGACAGUGGGUGUGCAUGCAGUACGAGCUGGUCCACAGCGAGCUGCGGCGGAGGGCCGAGCAGCGCGCCGCGAACGCGCACGCGGACAUCGCGCACGCGGAGGCCCGGAAAGCCGAGGCCCAGGAGAGCCACGUGGACUUCAAGAGGAGGGGCAUGCAACAGAUGGAGUCGCAGCGGGUGCGGGAGGGGCUCGUGGAGGCGAUCAUGGCGGGGAUGGUCGUGUUGGCGCUCACCAUGGCCGUCGCGAGCGGGGGGUACAGGGCGUUGACGCGCCCUGCGGAGAGCCUGAGUCAGUGCUGGUCUGACGCGGCGUUCUUGGUGGGAGAGGGGCCGGAAGGGUUUGUGGCGACGGUGUUGUUGGCCGUCCGCGGCGCGGCAGGGACGGUGAGGUCGCUGGCGUGCCAGGCGGCGUUGGUGCGGGACACGGUCGGCGCGGCGGUGCCGACGGUCGUCAUGGGAUUUGUUGCGGUGUGGUUCGUUCUGAAGCACUCGCAGUCGGGGCGGCUGAACGCCGCGCUCAUGAUUCUUCUGUUCACUGGCGGGGGCUUCGGCGGAGAUAUGUUCGUUGGCGUGGUUGGCGGCGAGAAGAGGUAUUGGUGGGCCGCGUGGACGGUCUGGAUGGUGAGCUCGGGGCUGAGUUUGACCAGAAUGGGGGAGGACGUGCUGCUUUCUCGGACAGAGCCUGAGCACGAGGCAGGAGCCUCGCGCCGCGGGGCACUGGGCCACGACAAAGAAUACGUGAGGGUCCUUUUCGCGAAAGUGUGGCUCGGGGUCGUCGCGCCGGUGCUGUGCGGCAUGGCUCCGUUUCGACUUGGAAGCGUCUUUCGAUACCUGCCGUGA